GUGGGCUGCAAUCAAUAAUUUUAUUAUCAAUAAAAAUAAUUUCCGUUUUCUUGGUUGCACAUGCUUUAAUCAUAUUCCUUUCAAUAAACCGCAUGUUACAAUGAAAUUAACAGUUAAGAAGUUGCAAGGUGGGGAGUGUUGUAUUGAGGUGCUACCAACAACAUCUAUAUUUGAAAUAAAACGAGAAGUUGCUGGAAAAUUAGCCAUACCUGUUGAAGAACAAAAGCUUCUGUUACUUGGGCGCACCUUAGCCGAUGAACAGACUAUUGAGUCAUACCCAACCAUAAAAGACGGCACCAAACUCAACCUUGUUGUGAAAAAACCUGAUGGUCUACUUGAAGCUUCAAUGAAAUACUUUAAAAAGUUAGGUAUGGCAGAUAAAGAAGCCACAAAUGCAGCUAAUAAACUUCUUAAAAUUGUGGAGGAUAAGUUUAAUAAGUUGUCUUGGGAUGAUAUAGACCGGUUGUCUAUGGAUUGUCUGUUAGAGGAAUGUGGCCAAAGCCGGCCAGUGGUUGAGAAUGAGCCAGAAAAUGAUGACAUGUAUGGUUUGUGACCCUUCCGGAGUGAAUUGAUUUACAUUUUAAAUCAAAUGUUAUAAUGUUUAUGGCUUUAAAAGACUACAUUGAUAUUCA